CGCGCACUGAUAGGCGAAAGCGCGCGGCGCGUAAUUUUUCAUACUAGUCAAACAGCUGACGGGUGACGGCUGCUCUCGAUCCCGAUUCUCGGCUACUCGUUGACAACACAGCUGUGAAGUUGAUAAAGGCCAAAACUCAUGCUCCCAGAUUAUUUAGUGGCCUGCUCGCACUCUUUUGGAAGACCAUGGCUCCAGCACGUUUGAGAAUUGUUUACUGUUCCAUACUAAAUCGUGACAUUACUCUUGUUUCUUAUCGACACGAUGUGAACGAAUUGGCAGAGCUAGGAAUAGUAGAAAUCCUCGAAGAAGUAAAAGCGUCUAUUAGAAGUUUACCGGAAUCAUCUUAUGAACAGAAGUUUACUUAUCCUUUCGAAAAAGUGCAGGUGUUUGUUCUCAUAGACCAAGGCAUCACAUAUCUGUGCAUAACAGAAUGCACUGACUCGAACUAUCUUCCUUUCUCCUGUCUGAAUCGUGUCAGAGAGCAAUUCUCAGAACAACCAAGUCUUGUUAGUAGAUCGUAUCGUGCCAAUGAAGAUGAGUUCGAUAGAGAUUUCUGUCCAGUUCUUGUACAGAUUGUGGAUGACUUCAAUUCUGGCCGUGCUGAUAAGUUGUCUCAAGUACAAGAACAAAUUGAAGAUGUUAAAAAAAUCAUGCUUCAUAAUGUAGAGAGAGUUAUUGAUAGAGGAGAACGCUUAGAUGACCUUCUUUCUAAAGCAGAAGAGUUGGAAUCACAGGGGCAAGAUUUCCGUCGGAACACUCACCAGGUAUAUGUUCAAGCUCGUUGCCGUAACCUUAAGUUGUGGUUGUUAAUAGGCUUUAUGUUUGCUGUCUUUCUCACCGUAGUAAUUUUAUUUGCAACUGGUGUCAUAAAAUCAUGAAUGCCUGUGAUUAUUUGGAGGAGCUCUAUGUUAAAAACGGGUUUUAAUUGAAAAAUGUGAAACGUGUUUCUAGCUUUGCGCUUGUAAGGCUUCAAUUUUUUGAAAGAUCAACCUAUGUGGAACAAUUUAAAAAAUACAUUUGUAGGAACAAAGUAUUGCCACAUUUUCAGUUAUCAAUAUUUUUAAAGUAAAGAACCACUAUUUGUGACUCUUUUUAGGAAAAGAUUAAUGUGAUAAAGUGGCUGGCUGCAUUACAGAAGCUUUGUCUGUGAACUGCUAUUUGUUAUGUGUCAUCUGAACUAUUUUAUGUCCCACCAGUGCCAAUCGUUUUCUUGGCCAUGUGAUAACUUUUAAUCAUGUGAUAGUGAAAAGAACAGUUUUCGUAUAACAUUUAUUACCCUAAUUGUUGAUGUUCAUAAUUUUCUGACCAAUGUAAAAUUCUUUAAAGAACCAAGUAUUGCAGGAUCAAUUUUGGACCAAUGAAAAAGGCCUUUUGAGUCAUUGUAUAAUGCAAUGAAUUUGUUAUUGUGUUCAGUAUUUUUAUAAUAAUUUUAAUAAAUUUAUUUCAUCUAAAAAGAGA